AUGUCCAGCAAGUUCUUGCUCCCGCUCCUGGGGUUCUGGCUGCUGCUAAACCAGUCUUGCAGGGCACGGGUCACGGAAGAGUGGUUGGACGAAGUCAUUAAGGUGUGUGACCGUAUAUACGUCCGAACGGUAAUCGAAAUCUGUGGGAACUCAGUGGCAUUGGCCCGGAAGGCACCAGCUCGGCGACAAAGGUCAAUAACAGAAACUGUACCAUCCUUCAACAACAAAGAUGAGGCACCUUCGGAUACGAUGCUUAAAUACCUCCCAAACUGGCCACAGAAGCUCAAGGUGGCACUGCCUGAGGAGCAUCUGUCCUUACCAGAGCUGCAACAGCCUGCACCUGCAUUGAGCAAUUCAGCUGGAAGCCUGGAAGGCUUGAUGAAAGGUUUCCACAAGACACAAGUUGAAGCAGAAGCCAACGGUUCUCCAGAAAUCAAAGGCUUGCGCUUGGACACUCUCGCAAGGAGAAAGAGGCAGUCCCGUCUAUGGUUGAGUGAGCAGUGUUGCCACUUUGGUUGUCCCAGAAGAGCUAUUGCUCAGUUCUGCUGA